CCAAACAGUGCUCCCAAAUUCUGCCCACCACGCAAUGUGCCAUAUGCUCUCCGACCGCGAGUGGAGGCCGAGCUGAAACGCCUGACUGAGCUUGGCGUCAUCUCACCUGUGGUGCAUAGUGACUGGGCUACACCCAUGGUGCCCGUGAACAAAAAGGAUGGCACCGUGAGACUCUGUGGGGAUUUCAAAGUCACCCUCAACCUAGCUCUGUACAUCAAGAAGUACCCAAUCCCCCGUAUUGAGGACUUGUUCGCUUCUCUCACUGGAGGUCAACGCUUCAGUAAGCUGGAUCUGUCCAAUGCGUAUCUACAGAUGGAAGUAGAAGAGAUCUCCAAGAAGCUGCUGACCAUCUCAACACAGAAAGGACUUUUCUGCUUCAACCGCUUACCGUUUGGGGUAGCGUCAUCGCCCGCCUUGUUCCAGAAGGCAAUGGACCAGGUGCUCCUCGGGCUGCCACACACUCACUGCUACCUGGACGACAUACUUGUCAGUGGUCCUGACAAGCAGACACAUCUGAAAACCCUGGAUGCAGUACUCAGCAGGCUAGAGGAAUACAGCCUGCACCUCAAGCAAAAGAAAUGUCUCUUCUUCCAGGAGUCCGUGGAAUACCUGGGCCACAUCAUCGAUGCUGCUGGGCUUCACAAGUCACUGGAGAAGGUACGCGCCAUCAUGGAAGCACCAGCACCAGGCGAUAAAGCUAAGACACUCCUGGUAUCACAAGAGGUGCUCACACACUACAACCCUGAACUGCCUCUCCGCCUCGCUUGCGAUGCUUCACCCUAUGGGGUCGGAGCUGUCCUCUCUCAUGUCAAGCCGGAUGGCGAUGAAAAACCCAUCGCCUGUGCAUCCAGAACUCUCAGCAAAGCAGAACAAAAUUAUGCUCAGAUUGAGAGGGAGGCGUUAGCGAUAGUCUUUGGACUACGCAAGUUCCACCAGUACCUGUAUGGCAAUACCUUCACUCUACUCACUGACCAUCGCCUGCUUACAACCAUCCAUACAGGAAAGGGGCCGUACAUGCCAACGCUGGACUGUCGAGGUUACCACUUGCUCAUGCCCCCAGUGAGAAACAAGGUGCAGUGGAGGUGUUCUACACGUCACAGUUGGACACAUUGCCAGUCAGCAACGCCGACAUCAAGCGUCACACCAUGUCUGACUCCACCCUGUCCUGUGUCAUGGAAAUGGUCACAACUGGCCAUUUUCCAGCGCCGCCAUGAUCUCACUGUGCAGCACGGAUGCCUCAUGUGGGGUUUGAGAGUGAUUGUGCCCCCCAAACUAUGCCCCCGGGUGCUGAAAGAGCUACACUCUGCACACCCAGGUGUAGUAAGGAUGAAGAGCUUAGCUCGCAGCUACGUGUGGUGGCCAGACAUUGACUCCCAGAUCGAGCACCAAGCAAGGUCAUGCCACUCAUGUCAGCGUGUGCAGAAAGACCCUGGCCUAGUACCCUUACACCCGUGGAUGUGGCCAUCCAGUCCCUGGGAAUGGAUACAUGUGGACUUUGCCGGUCCAUUUGAAGGGCACAUGUACCUGGUCGUGGUGGACGCACACUCCAAAUGGCCCGAGGUACACAUCAUGGAUAGCACCACAUCCAGCAAGACCAUCCAAGUGCUUAGGGGAUUUUUUAGUUGCUAUGGCAUUCCACACAGUCUUGUGAGUGACAACGGCCCUCAGUUCUGCUCUGAGGAAUUCAGCAUGUUUCUGAAAGCCAAUGGAGUCAAACACAUUCGCUCAGCACCGUACCACCCUGCCUCCAAUGGCUUGGCAGAGCGAUUUGUGCAAACCUUCAAGCACGCUCUGAAAUCUUCCAGAGGAUCUACACCAGUGCAACAGCGUCUGGAUACGUUCCUCCUGACAUACCGCAACACCCCUCAUGCAACAACCAAGGAAAGCCCUGCAAUGCUGUUCAUCGGACGCAAGUUGCAUUCUCGAUUGGAUUUCUUGAAACCAAAUGUGGCUGGAGCAGUGCCCCAGUCACAAGAGGCUCAACAGCAACGACGCCAGCUACACUCUAAACAGAGACAGUUUGAAGGUGGUGAGCCAGUGCUCGACCACGAUUAUAGGAGGGGGGAGGAUAAGUGGACGCAAGCUGUGAUGAUUGAGAAGACCGGACCAGUGUCCUACAAGGUAAAUGUGGGAACACAAGGGGUCUGGAAGCGUCAUGUGGACCAGAUGCUGACUCGGCUCAAGUCAGACGCACCAGAAACUGCAGUGAGUCUUCCUGUGAGUUCUCCGUUGUCACUACCUCAGACAACCACACCUGGUGCCACACUUGACCCAAAUAUACCUCAACAGAAGGAGGCUACUGAUACAGUUCCACACACACCACAUGCACCACUCAAAACACCCAAGACACCACACACACUACCCAAAGCACCCAAGACACCACAGUCCACAGAAAUGGCACACACAGAAUGUACAGAGACAACAGGGACUGUACGACGAUAUCCUGUGAGGAUCACACGUCCACCACUCCGUUUCAGGGAUCAGUGA